AUAAAUCAGUUUUAUUUUUAUAAAGCAUGGUGAUGGAGGGUUCCUUGAGAGUAAUAGCUGUUACUAUAACUCUUUGGUUACUCAGUGUUCAUCCUAACUUCAGCACUUCCGAGUCUGAGGUUCGCUGCAUUGAAAGCGAGCGACAUGCCCUUCUGAAGUUCAAGCAAGACCUUAAAGAUCCUUCAAACCGGCUUGCCUCUUGGACUGCUGCAGCUGAUGAGGAUUGUUGUGGCUGGGCGGGUGUUCUCUGCCACAACCGUACAGGUCAUGUCCUCCAACUCCAUCUCAGAACUUUUCGUCCUCUAUAUGACGAUCUUAGAACUGAUCUCCAAUGGCAUACUCAAUACAAAGUUUAUCAGAGGUCAAGGUUUGGUGGUAAGAUAAACCCUUCUCUACUUGAUUUGAAGCACUUGAUUUACUUGGACCUCAGUUACAAUGAUUUCCAGGGUGCUCAAAUUCCUAAAUUCCUCGGUUCAAUGGGGAGCUUAAGAUAUCUUAAUCUCUCCUUUGCGGGAUUUGGGGGAUUGAUUCCUCAUCAACUUGGGAAUCUCUCUAAUUUGCACUAUCUCAAUCUUGAAGGUUAUUAUAAUAAUUUGCAUGUCAUGAACCUUCAUUGGCUUUCUGGUCUUCCAUCACUACAACACCUUGAUAUGAGUGGUGUAAACCUUAGCAAAGCCUCUGAUUGGUUACAGGUGACAAACAAACUCCCUUCAUUGUUUGAGUUGCGAUUGUCUGAUUGUGAACUUUCUUGUUUCAUCCCACCACCGAUACCUAGUAGUAUUAACUUUUCAUCUCUCACCACCCUUGAUCUUUCAUCCAAUUGUUUUGAAAAUACUUCGAUUUUUUGGGUCUUUGGUCUUCAUAAUCUGGUUUCUCUUGAUCUAUCUUACAAUUGGUUUCAAGGUCCAAUCCCUGUUCAUCUCCAGAACUUGACUUCACUUAGGCACCUCGAUCUGUCUGAAAACAUUUUCUCUACAAUUCCCAAUUGGCUAUAUAGUUUUAGUCAUCUUGAGUUCCUUAACCUCAUGCAAAAUUUUUUGCAGGGUACAAUCUCUAGUGCCAUUGGAAACCUAACAUCUGCCAUUAGCAUAGACUUGUCAGAGAAUGAAUUUGAAGGAAAGGUACCAAGAUCUUUGGGUAAUCUCUGCAAGUUAAGGAAAAUUGGAUUGUUUAGUAACAAAUUGAGUCAAGAGAUAUCUGAACUCUUAGAAAGUUUAUCAAGAUGUGUUUCAAAUGGACUAGAGAUCUUAGAUUUAUCUUAUAAUAAACUUUCUGGGCAUUUGAUUGAUGAACUUGGGCAAUUUAAAAAUCUGGUCAUCCUUUCCUUGGGGCAUAAUUCAAUUUUAGGUCCAAUUCCAUGGUCUAUAGGAAAUCUAUCAUCUUUGAGAUUAUUGAACCUUGAAACUAAUCAAAUUAAUGGAACUCUCCCUCAAAGUUUUGGACAGCUUUCCAAAUUAGAGUAUCUGUAUAUUGGUUUAAACAAGUUGGAGGGUGUAGUAUCUGAACUUCAUUUUGCCAAUUUAAUGAGAUUAACAACACUUGUUGCAUCUCAAAACCAACUGAAGUUAGAAGUAGGAAACAAUUGGAUCCCUCUUUUUCAACUAAACUCUUUAAUUUUGGGAUCAUGGAAUUUAGGGCCAAGAUUUCCUUCAUGGAUUUGUUCACAAAAGCAUCUUCAGAAUUUGGACAUAUCUAACACAGGGGUUUCAGAUGCAAUUCCUCUUUCAUUUUGGAACCUUUCUUCUCAGUUUAUUUAUCUAAAUAUCUCCCAUAAUCAGAUCUACGGAGAGAUUCCACAAAUCCCACUGAUUUUCUCCACUCCUUCAAUACUUGAUAUGGGUUCAAACCACUUCAAAGGUCCAUUACCUUGUAUAUCCUCUAAUUUGAGCUAUCUUGAUAUUUCUAACAAUUUACUAUCUGGAUCUAUUUUUCACUUUCUAUGUUACAAGAUGAAUGAGCCCAAAAAUAUGAAGUUCCUCAAUCUUGGAAAAAAUCUUUUAUUAGGGAAAAUAAGUAAUUGUUGGAUGAAGUGGCAAAGCUUGCUUGCCUUAAAUUUGGGAAACAACAAUUUCUCUGGUGCUAUUCCAGCAUCCAUUGGAUCUUUGAUUAAUCUUAGGUCUUUGCACCUAUACAACAACAGAUUCUCUGGAAAAUUUCCAUUGUUGAAAAAUUGUAGAGACUUGUUUACUGUUGAUAUUGGUGAAAAUGAGUUUGUUGGGAGCAUACCUUUGUGGAUAGGACAUAGACUUUCAAGGUUGAAGAUUCUCAACCUUCGCUCCAAUAAUUUCCUUGGUCAAAUACCAAAAGAAUUUUGUGCUCUAACUUCACUCCAAAUAUUGGACCUUUCACAUAAUAAGCUACUUGGAAGCAUACCUAAAUGUGUUAACAAUUUCAGUACCAUGGCCAGAAAUAGCAAUUCCAAUGAUCCCAUUUUUUUGUUUGGUUGGUCAACAAAAUCUAGUUCUGUGCCUUUUGAAAGUGCAUUGCUUGUGAUGAAGGGGAAAGUUCUUGAGUACUCCACCACUCUUCAACUGGUAAAAAGUAUAGACCUUUCCAAGAACAAUUUAUCAGGAGAGAUACCUACAGAGGUGAUUAGUUUGCAAGGAUUACAAUCAUUGAAUCUGUCAUUUAAUAUCUUGAAGGGAAGGAUUCCUGAGAAUAUAGGCGUUAUGGGAGCACUAGAAUCUCUUGAUUUCUCUGUAAACCAACUUUCAGGUCAAGUUCCUCAAAGUAUGUCAAGUUUGACAUUUUUGAGUCAUUUGAACUUGUCAAACAACAAUUUAAUUGGGAAAAUCCCUUCAAGUACUCAGCUACAAAGCUUCAGCGCCUCUAGUUUUUCUGGAAACAAACUUUGUGGACCUCCUCUUAUUGAUGAUUGUUCUAUAGAUGAUGUAAGACCCAACACUGAGAACAAAGGGAGCAAUGGUGGGCGUGAAGUGGAUUGGUUCUAUGUGAGCAUGACACUUGGAUUUGUGGUUGGGUUUUGGGUUGUAUGGGGUCCGUUACUAAUGAACAAGCAAUGGAGAAUCAUGUACUUUCAAUUCCUAGAUCGCAUGGGGUACAAGCUAGGGAUGUUUUGGCACAAACUUGAUAGCUUUUAAAUGUUGUGAGAUUCUUAUCUUGUUACUAGCCAACGUUUCUUGUGGUGCAUGGAUAUGUUGUAGUUUCAUUUUGUAAUAAUAUGUAUCUUUUGUUAGCUCAAGUCAUUUUGAAAUAAUUUGUAGACAAUUUUUUUUCUUACAUGUGUAUUAUACUCAUGUUGUGGUAUUAUAUUAAGAGAAUUAAUUACAAUUAUAUUAUGGAUUCAAGUGAUAGCCUACUGGUACUGGUAUCCCCUUGGAUUCCAGAUAUUUAUAGUUCAAACCCCACAUUUCCUGUCUCACCAUUCGCAUAACAAAAAAAAAAUCAUCAACAUACGUACAGAGAGGCCUUUAACAGCAUCAGAUUAGGAAAUUUAGCAACAAUAGUAAAGCAAUAAUUUGGCAUUGUUGGUUCAUAAUUUAGCAACAAUAGUAAGCAUAAGGGGGUAUUUCCUAUUUCUAGUUCAUAUGCAUAUAAUUUGGCAUUGUUGGUUAGCGUACCUGAUGUGGUCUAAUGGUGUGACUUGCAAUUAACAGAGAAUGGAGUUAGGAUUUGCACACCAGAUGUCCUGCUCAAUAACUUUUCUGAUAUUGUGGGUAUUUUCAAAAACAGGAAUAAGGUUAUCCGCUUAAUGGGGUCCCUACCAAAGGAUGGCUUUCUGUGGAUUUCACCUUCAAGGAGCUAAACUGUUGCCUAUUGCUUUGCUCAUCUAUGUCAAAAUGCUUCAGCACAAUGAUUCUUUUCUACUCAUAACUGAUCGAUAAGGUUGUCUACCUGUAUUUUUUUUUGAAAUAUAUUAUGAUUUUUAGAAUGUUAUUGUUGGCCUUUGUCUUUUGCCUUCCUCACUCUCCAGCGAAUCCUUUAGUCAUCUCUAAAUAUGGAGCAAGUGGAGAUUUCCCUGGUACGGAUUUAUCAUAUAAGAAAGCGAUUGAUGAUCAUGUAGAUGUACUCGACUGUCUUGGACGAUUGGCAAAGGAUGGGACUCUGUUUUGCUUUACCAUUAAUUUUUUUUAAGCAUACCUGUGCUAAUAUAAUUAGGUGGAAUGGUAAUUAAAUUGGUCAAAUUUUGUCUAGGGGGCUCUGGUGUGCAGAACCAUCUUCAAACUCUUCUGCACUGGACAUUGCAGAGGCCAAGGAACUCUUGAAACAGGGGAGGUGACAUUGGCUGCUGAAGACUUCUUUUAUGACUUUUUUGAAGAUCCAGAGUAAUUUUGAGACAGUUUCAAAAUAUAUCACAACUGGAGGGAAGUUUGUGAACGAGUUUCAAGACAGUUGCAGAGUUAAUUACUAAUCUGUUGCAGCCCUUUGAGUGUUAGUUGCCAAUAUGUUGUGAUUCUUAAUUGGGCAUUUACAAUAGUUGUUAAUGUAUUUCCACGUGACUUCGUGGAAAAACAUCAUCUCCUUUGUAUAAAUAUCAGUGUAUAUCAGAAUGUGAAUAUUUGAAUGAACGGUGGUUCAACU